AUGGAAACUUCAAAAUGGAUCGUUGAAAAUAAUUUUCACUCACACCGUUAUGAUAUUUUUGGCACCUCGUUUAUGACUUUAUUUCCGUGGAUUACAAUCGAAGAGAAUAAUGACGAUUCAGCCACCGUUCUAACACUCGAAAUUCUCAACCCACAUCCAUAUAUGGUGGCGGAAGUUAACAUUAGUUACCUCAGUGAAAUCAAAGGAAAUUUAAUUGAAAAGACAUACAACAUUAUACCUUACACACACCGUAAGCUCGAAAUAAAUGAAAAAAUGGUUACAAAGCUCUAUGCUGCGUACAGUGAUACUAUUUAUAAGAGUAACCACGAUUCUCGAAUUGCAAUAAAAUCUUCUAUGCCAGUAUCUGUCACACAGAGCUGUUUCUUUGGUGGCGAAAUUGGUGAAAGUUUUGUAGGUAAUAUUAUGCUAAUUUCUUCAGCGUAA